CAAAAAAACACGCACAAAAUCUGGUGACGCAAUCGGCAGCCUGACACUCUCACUAGUCACUCCCAGCGCCCGCCCCGCCGCCGUUCCCUCCACGGCGCGCCCCGCUCCGCCCUCCCCGCCGCAGCGCCCCGCUCCUCCUCUCUCCGCCCGCCCGCCCGUCCAGCGGAGUGCGGAGAGAUCCACCCGGGAGUGGAUUGGUUCCUUCCUCCGCUGAUAUUUCAAAAGGAUUAGUCUGAGUCUGUUAUCUCAGAAAGAAAGAGCACAGCUACACUCUCUUUCCGACUAAAAGACUACAGAGAUGCCCCCCUCACCAUCACCUAGGAGAUCUCUUAAAGAGCUUUCCCACAGAAGGGGGCAUAGUUUUGGAAGUAUGCCGCCUGCUAAACCCAAGGAUGACGAACUCAUGUUGUUCACAGAUAUGCAGAAACAUGAGAGGGAUAAUAAUAACUUCUUUCUGGAAUCAGCAGAGGAUUUUGAUGAAUCGAUCUCAAAGUUGAGCUAUUUUCGGGAUUUAAAGCUUGGUUCCAACAUAGCUGCACGGGGGGGAAACCAUGAUCUGCUUAAUGCUGAUGGUGAAAGAAAUGAUUAUGAUUGGUUGUUGACUCCACCAGAGACACCACUUUUUCAUUCAUUGGAUGAUGAUGAAGACCAUCGCAUUGGUACGGCCCAUAGAGGCAGGACACAGAUUAAGCCAAUAUCAAUUUCGAGGUCAUCCACUAUGGAAAAUACUCGAAGAUCUAACAGAAGCAGUGCAAGCCCAAAUAGGCUUAGCCCUUCACCACGCUCAUAUAGCAGCACCGUGUUGACUAGGACAAGAUCAUCAAACUCAUCUUCACGAUGCAGCCCACCACUUGCUUUACAACCGGCAACACCGCCACGAAGGUCUUCAUCUCCAGCUUCUAAGACAUUAACACCUCCACGAAGGUCACCAAGUCCUGCUUCAAGGAGGAUGAGUGCUGGUUCAAGUGACCUAAUUUCAAAUGGAAGAAGGGGAAGUUCGCCAGUUAAAACCAAUCACAGGUCAUCUUCACCAAAACCUCAAGGUUGGCAGUCAAGUCAUCCUGGUUUCUCUUUUGACGCACCUCCGAACCUACGCACGUCUCUGUCAGAUCGUCCAGUAUCCCGUUCAAGGGGUGGAUCUCCUUCAUCUUUCAGUGGAUUGGACAUGAAUUGGAGAGGUAGAAGGCAAUCUAUGUCUCCUACUCCAUCGAGAAGAGCCAGUUCAUCCCACAGCAAUGAUCGAGAUCGUUCCAGCUCUUACAGCAAAACAUCUGUGACAUCGUCUGCUGAAGAUGAUCUAGAGUCCAUGCAAUCUAUACCAAUUAGCCCAGCUGUAAGAAAGAACUUGUCAGUAAUGAAAUCCAAAACUAUUGCAUCACCUAAGAAGCCAUCCAAGAGUUUCUCCCCUAGUUCUGCUCCAAAGAGGUCCUUUGAUUCUGCAGUUUGGUUGAUGGAUCUUCGGAAAGCUCCUCAAGAUAAGUUCAGGCCACUUCUAUCAAGUGUUCCUUCCACCACAUUUGGUGCUGUAAAAGGAGAUGAUGGACACUCAUCUAUUUUGUCGCACAAUUCCUUACUCACGACAAGCAGUAAUUUAAGCUCUGAGCACGGUGUCCCUUCUGGCCCUUGUAUGGGUGAUGAUCAAGAACAGAUUGAUGUAGUUGGUGAAUGUGAAGCAACACCUAGUUCCAUAAUUCAUGAGGAUAUAUCUAUGUUUGAUAAAUUGGAUGGACUGAAUGAAGGACCCAGUAUCCACAGUUUAUCAACAACUCGAAGUGGCCCAGAAUGUCCAAGCUCAGUAAAAUAUGCAGAAAGCACCAUAGAAGGCCUCAUUAUGGAAACGAUUAGAAUAUCUCAGACCUCAUGUAAUGUUGUUAGUAGUGUUAAGGUCCAACACACUAAAAUGGCAACAUGCACUAGAUGUGGGAAGUCAUUCAAUGCAAUAGAGGAUGGUGAAGAAGUUAAUUUCUGUGAAGAAUGUGCUUUAGUAGGUGAGGUUCUUUUUGUGGACCCCAAGAUACAGACUUUGGAAGAAGCACAUCAACAAGAUCACAAAACUAGAGAUUCUAAACCUUGUGGUGCAUCAGAAGCUCCUCAUAUAACCCCAGAUUGCAUUGAAGAUAUCAAGAAGUCAUCUCUUGACAAUCAGCUGGUGAAUGAUGAAACUCAAGCUGGUUGUCUGCAAAAGUGUCCUCAAUCUCAGUCAACAAUGGAUACAACUGAAAGGAUGCUGUCACAGCGACAUGGGGAGAAUGUUGCUGAGAAUUUAAGGCCACAUGAUAUUGGUGACUCCCCACUACGAAAUAGCAUUGAUAUUUCAUCUCAUCAAUGUAGCAUAGGUGACUGUCAACAAAAAGAACCAACAUCUGUAAUUGAGUGUGAUAUUUUAAGAGACCAAACUGCCAACCACCACAAUGAGGUAUCCAAAUGCCUGCUAGAGUCAAUGCAUGGAAGCAUUGAAUUUGUCUCCGAUACACUUACCAUUGACAAUUCUCAUGAAACGGGAUCAGUUGAUCAUCUAAAUCUGAAGGCUGAAAAUAUUGAGGGUGCUGGGAUUUCAUUACUCUUAUUGCAGAAGUCAAGCAGCAACAAAUGGCCUGUUGUAGAAGGGAGACCCUUAGCUGCUACCAAUGUUCUCUGUUCAGAACCCUAUUAUACAAGGGAUAAUGUCAGUACGGUGAAGCGUACCAUUGGAUGGGACAGCUCGUCAGCUACUUCUUCCAUUGAUCAAGGGUCUUCAAGGCAAUCAUUACAUUUAGAGCGCCUUAAAAGUAGUAAUCGUUAUGACUUUGAGAGGUCUCAAAUAAGUAGUACUGUGAGUUGCCAAAGCAUUGCAUCUGUGUCAGAUGUGUCAACCAGCAAUCGUUCAGUUUCAGUAUGUCCUCGGAGUAAUGCAAUUGUAGAUACUGGCUUCCUAACUGACAAUUCAGAAAGCAGUGCUUCAAGGUCCAUGAUUUGUACCGAGGAACUUGAUGAGUCGUGUAAGUACACUCUCUCAAGUGCUAUAGAGUGCUGGUCUGCUGCCCAGGCUAUUGUUAAUGAUGACAUUGAUUCAUUUGGAGUUGUAGCGGUUCAGAACCAAAGUACAGGUGGGAUGGCUUACAAAGAUAACUCAAGUGCGAAUUCAUGUUCAUCAGCUAUCAAGACUCAUAGCAAUAUCUCACUGUAUUUGCCCCCUGAGGAAAGUUGCAUACAAAAAACUGAAGAAUGUACAUCUGCCAUCAUUCAGUGCUGUUCAGUUGGCACUCCAGAAUAUCCAGAUGAUGAGUGUGGCAUUGAUAAUUACCAAAUGCAGUUUGAAGCAGUUCCAACUUCUAAUGAGGCAAAUAGGUUGGAUGAUGGUUGUGUGUCUGUCAUAUCUGAGGAGAAUGUAUUGAUUUCUGCAACAGAGGACAACACAAUGGAGCUUUCUGGUAAUGAAGAAUCACUGGCUACAGUUCACGGAUCAAGGGAACAAACUCAGAAAUGCUUCACUUUAGAAGAGGCUACAGGUACAAUUCUCAUCUGCAGUUCCAUCGCUCAUGACAUUGCAUACAGGGCUGCAACAAUUGGGCUAGAGCGAGAGGAGCAACUAGAACUUGCUUCUGCUCCUCGCCCAACAGUUACCAUGGUAGGACAAUCCAUUUCAAGGGGCAACAGUUCACUGAAGUUGCCCAACAAACGAAUGCCAAGACAUAGGAAAAGAUCAGAAGGUGGAACUGUUACAGAAACUGCCAAGAUGGAAGUUGUCAUUAAAGAUCCUGUACCUGUGCGAGUGGUUCCUGAAUCUUUAAGGACAUCUGACAGCAUGAAGCCUCCAAAGGUCGAAUCAAAGUGCAACUGUGCAAUUAUGUAGAGUUUCCUAUCAACCCAAGGUGCCAAGAAGCUUAUGAUCUUAGUUGACAUCCAUGGUUGCUAGUUAUUAUUUGUUCGCAACUCAAUAACACAGAAACGAACCUGCGCCCACCUGUUUCUAUCAGCAUCAGCAACCUACAGAAGCGGUGGUGGUGCAUUUGCUCUUUUUUCGGGGGUGAUAGAGGUGACAGGCCAUUCUUUUGUAAAUUCUUGCUUGUCCCUUUUCCUCUCUGUGUUUACUCUGAUUUUACUUGUCAAGUCGUCCAGUUUUAGUUCGUGCCCGGUGUGCGGAUGUCAGUUCCUCGCAAAGGGAGGGAGUGAAAUUUCUAGUUCAGAUGUUUGUGUUCAUUUCUGUAUUCUUUAGCGACGAAUGCUGCGUGCCUUGUUAUGCCGCCAUGCAUUUGUAGAGUGCACCCGGUCUGUUUGCAUACUUGACAGGGAGUGCAGCGCAAGUUUAGGUUUUCGACUCAAAUGUAAGACAGUGUAUCUAUAUAUUGACAUAGGAAGCUGUAAAUGUAUAUUGGUUUGUCUAAACGGUGUUGGUGAAAAAAAACAAAUGGGAAAUGUUCUGUUAAGCA